UUCCAGAGGAACAUUACACAGUUUAACCCAUAUUGGAAGUUUAGUUGGUUCUGUUUUCUCAAUACACAUAUCAGAGUUCCAUUCUUGAACAACUAAUGGUUUUCCAUUCACCAUCCAGGGACUUUGUUCCACAACAGAAUUUAGUCCUUCCAAAGUUUUGAAUUUAAAGUAGCAGAUCCCAUUAUUAUCCAUCAAAAUUUCUCCCAACCCAAAUUUCCUCCACAUCCUUCUCAAAUGGUAUCUCAAUUCAUUCAAAGACAUGCUACAGCCAAGAAAAAAUCCACAGGCAGUUAGUUUCCAUUUCUGGCUACCUUCCAUAACCAACUCCUCAUCAAAAAUUACCACUUCCUCACCUUUAUCAUUCAUUUCAGUUGGAACAUAGAACAAAUUCUUCUCUAUCUCAUUACAAUUGUUUUGAACAAUUUUAGCAUAUGAACUAUUCAUUGACUGAUCCUUAUUUCCACUAUCAGUUAUCUUUACAUUAAUUCCUUCUUCACUAUCAGAGUUACUUACAGUGAUGUUUUCCAUAGAUUUUCCAGUAUCACCAUUCAAAAAUUCAUCUUCCUGCAGAUUCGCUCCCUUCUCCAUGUUCAAAUCACCCUUAUUGCCAUUGUCACUUUCCUUAUUCUUUUCCUCCAUUAAAAUGCUGACCUCAUCAUCUUUAUUCUUUCGAUUUUUAUUAUUUUCCUCUUUAUUUUUACUAAUAUUCUUAUUAUUUAGUAUAUAAUCACCUAAAUUUAAAGGAGUUUUUGUUUUUCUACCAGAAGAUCUUUUAUUAGGCAUUUUGACUAAAAACCCAAAUUCUAGGGUUUUUAUUGCCUCAAAAUUCGCAGAAAAAACUAUAACCGUAAUGUGCGGAAUGAAGAAUAAAGUGAAAAUAAACGAAGAAAGAAGAAAAAUGGUGAAGAAUUGAAGGAUAUAUGAUGGAUUAACAAUGGAGGAAACGGUUAUUUUUACAAAACAAUUACGCGCCAAAAUCGCCCAGAGAGAGAGAGAGAGAAGAUUGUGUUGUUGUGUUUAUAUAUAUAUAUAUAUAUAUAUGUUGUGUGUGUGUAUAUAUGGGUCUAUUCUUUUAAUUAUGGUAACUGGAAGUUUUUCUGUUGUUUUUACAUAUGUGCUCCUACCUGCUUAUUUUCAACUUCAAUUGCCAUCCAGUUCCGAUGAGUCUUCAUGGUUAAGAGCAAAAGGUUUGCUUGUUCAAGUUGCUAGUUAUGCGGAGUCUACAGGGUAUGAGGUUCCUUGCCUCAUUGUUGCUGCUAAGGGAGACCUUGAACCAUACCCAACUGCAAUACAAGAUUCAACAAAGGAGAGCCAAUAUUUGGGGAUUGAGGCUCCCAUACGUAUUAGCACAAAAUUGGGAAACUUGAAUAACGUAUUUAGAGAAAUUAUGAGAGCAGCAGAACACCCUGAUGAGAGCAUUCCCAAAUUAAAAGGGAAAAGUCGUAUUAGCACAAUAUUGGGUAACUUGAAUAACGUAUUUAGAGAAAUUAUGAGAGCAGCAGAAUACCCUGAUGAGAGCAUUCCCAAAUUAAAAGGGAAAAGUCAAAACCUCUAUCUCAAGACUUUUGAGCAUGUACUGAUUCUUGUUUCAGUUGUAGUUGGAACUAGACUUGCUGAUGCUAUUAAUUGGAAGUGUCCAUCUUCUUAACAUACUCCCGAUGCUCCUCUCCUUUUGUACCACUGAUUGUAACAACCAUGCAUAAAGCCCUGUUUUUUUGUGUGUUUAGUUUAUAAGAUCUUAGUUUGUGAAAUCACUAAUUGUAGGUCAGGGUUUUUUUGUUGUUUUUUUUUUUUUUUUGAUGUUUAGACGCUCUGGUAUAACGCCAAAAACAUUAAAUCAGGUAAGUAUAUGGAGCGGAUCAGCAGGAAUAAAUAUGAAUCAU